CCGCGCUCGCCGCGCCAUGUGCCGCUGCCGCCGAGCCGGGGUGUGAGCAGUGCGCCGUCCCCUCGCGCGGCCCCCCCGCACGGGAAAACAGAAUGAAGGAGCUAAUGUCCAACAGUACAACCAAUAUAUCUCAAGCAAGGAAAGCUGUGGAGCAAUUGAAAAUGGAGGCAUACAUGGAUAGGAUGAAGGUAUCCAAGGCUGCUGCUGAUUUAUUGGCAUACUGUGAUGCUCAUGUUGGAGAAGAUCCCCUUAUUAUUCCAGUGCCUGCAUCUGAAAAUCCCUUUAGGGAGAAGAAACUCUUUUGUACUAUCCUUUGAGUCAGUUUUCAAUUAAAAUGUCUUUUGUUAAAAUUUGGUAUUGGU